AUGCCUCGACUGGCCUUAUUAACAUGGAUUUGGCUUAGUUUUGCCGUUGUACAUUCUAUUCCAUACGCCUAUGCGAUUGAGGAGCGACAAACAUGGGUUUGGUUUGAUAGAUACCAUAGAGCUUUCCCGAAUUUGAAAAUUGAUGGUCAUUGCGAUAACACCCAAGUGUUGAUACUUCAAAGAGCGUGGGAAGAGUCAAAGCUACUUGCAAAGGCGCAAACGGGAAAUGUUAGUGGCUACGACUACGACCUAGUUCAUAAAACAUGGUUAGGCCAGGACUGGAACAGAACUGGCAAGCCCCUGUUGGCAUACUAUAUCAACCAUCGGACACGAUCUAUUGCGAAGAACUUUGAGCAGCUUAAACGGCUGUACGACGGUAUAAUAGCGGGAACCCAGUGGAUCUAUUGGUGGUGCCACGACCCUGGCGCCCACUGCCAGGCUAAUAAAAAGGACUACUCCACUAUAGCGGAGUCCUGGAUCGACAAGAGUUCUGGGAUACGCGAAAUCUAUCAUACUGUAUGGUGUCCGCUGUUUUUUGAGCAAGAGACACUAGAAAACCAGAUUACGAGAACCAAAAACAACAUAGCAGACCAGGUCAUUCUAGACAAUUUCGAAUUGAAUUCGGCGGUAACUAUGUAUCACGAAACCUUUCACUACGAUAACCUAGUGGGCUAUCCGUCGAUUAAGGACACCGUAUUUUAUGCAGACCAAUGCUACCAACUAGCAAAAGUAAUAGGCACGGAAAAGGCUUAUGUAAAUGCGGACUCGUAUACUGUGGACGCACUCGCCAUCUAUAUCCAACAGAAAUUCCAGCUUAGUAGUCCGCCUCUUCCGAGAUUCGUGAUCGAGGGAACCAAACCACCAGAUCUCAAAAAAUGGGAAUAG